CCCCGCGGCGAGAGGCUCUGGGCGCCUUGAGGGGCCGGCCCGGCAGCGCGGGCCCCUUCAACGGCUCCUCCGCCCUGAGGCAGCGCGGCGGGGGGCCGGUGCCUGUGGGGGCGCCGGGCCUGGCGUCAAGGGAAACGUGUGAAGGGUGUCGGGCCGUGUCUGCCCGCCAUUCCACCUUCCCGCCGGCCAAAUUACCUCAGCGGCCUGCCGGCUGCCGCUGGGGGAAAGGCGCGGAGCGGGCAGGAGAGGCGAAGGGCGGCGGGGAGCAGCCCGCCGUGUGACAGGACCGGCUGCCAGCGUGAGGGGGGUACGCGAGGAAAAGCUCCACAUCUUACUUUUCUUUAAACUCAUCUGCCUCGUAGCCCUCCGCGCCAGCAUCAGCUGGAGGUGUGGGACGGUGUGUGCACACAGGCUCGGGGGAGAAGUUAAAAAAAAUCUGUCAUCUACUGAUGCUGCCAGGGCUGAACGCCAAAAGAGAAGGGGAAUUGCACUUAGAGAAGGAUCCCAGAGGGGCAGAUGUUAUUGAGAAAGUGAGACUAGGAAAUUCCCAGACGGAGAAUUCUUCCCAUCAGGGACUAGUGCUGCUUCACACACCUGCGCCAGCGAUUUGCACCUGCACAAACAACUCAGCUACAUCGAUAAGACACGAGUGUUUCUGGAAUCACGAACUCGGUGUGUGUCAUCAACGAGCUGCCGUGAGGUCAGGAGUUCUCCACCUGCCAGAAGAGACACCCCGAGUCACCCCGGAGCAGGAACGGAAAGCGGGCGCCGGUGGGGAAGCGGAGCUGCCACCCAAGCUGCGGCGGAGUGAAGCGGCGUGUUCCCGCGCUGGUCGCCGGUGCGGAGCGAAGGAGCCGGGCACUUAAACCCCAGACUUCACCGUAAGCUUCCCGCGUCAUCUUCACCUGGAAAACAUCCUCCGGACCGCAAGGUUAAAUUGAAUAUUUGCGCAACACAGCUUCUUGCAGAAGGACUGCUGCACUGUUUUACACUUAGGAAAAUAUGAGAAUUAGCAGGGAGCGUCGUUCUUUCUGAACUAAAACUAAAGAAACCUGUGCCUUGCUGAGGACAGCGGCAGGAGUCGGACACUUGAAUCAAUGUUAUCGGAUGAGUUAGAAUCCAAACCUGAGCUGCUGGUUCAGUUUGUUCAGAAUACUUCUAUCCCACUGGGGCAAGGGCUGGUGGAGUCGGAACCAAAAGACAUCACCUGUCUCUCUCUCCUUCCUGUGACUGAGACCUCAGAAUGCAACAGGCUCAUGUUGCCAGAUGAUGAAAGAGAUCUCACUUCUCCAAGUCACACUAAUUCUUCCAAAGAUGUUUCUUCAUCUGCUGUAUUGAGAAGUCUCCAGGUAAAUGUGGGCCCUGAUGGAGAGGAAACAAGGGCACAGAAUGUUCAGAAACCAUCAGAACUUCUGUCAACUCCAGAGACUUCCAGUUUAUUGCAAGACCUCCAGCCCAGUGACAGCACUUCAUUUAUUCUCCUCAACCUAACAAGAGCAGGGCUGGGGUCUCCAGCAGAGCACUUGGUGUUUGUUCAAGAUGAAGCAGAAGAUUCUGGGAAUGACUUUCUCUCUCAUGAUAGCACAGACAGCAGUACCCCGUGGUUCCUACGAGUCCAAGAAUUGGCCCAUGACAGUUUAAUUGCUGCCACUCGGGCACAGCUCGCUAAGAAUGCCAAAGCAAGCAAUAAUGGUGAAAAUGUUCAUCUUUGCCCAGGAGACGGGCAGCCGAAGGACUCCAGCCCCAUUCCUCAUCUAACUCGUGUAGAAAGGAAGCUGAAGUGCACAGUUGAGGGCUGCGAUCGGACAUUUGUCUGGCCAGCUCACUUCAAGUAUCAUCUAAAAACACACCGGAACGACCGCUCCUUCACCUGCCCAGCAGAAGGCUGUGGAAAAAGUUUCUACGUGUUGCAGAGGCUGAAGGUGCACAUGAGAACUCACAAUGGUGAAAAACCCUUUGUGUGCACGGAGCUGGGCUGUGGGAAGCAGUUCACAACAGCUGGAAAUCUGAAGAACCACCUACGAAUUCACACUGGGGAAAAACCCUUUCUGUGUGAGGCACAGGGAUGUGGUCGCUCCUUUGCCGAAUACUCCAGCCUUCGGAAACAUUUGGUUGUCCACUCAGGACUGAAGCCCCACCAGUGCCAAAUUUGUGGGAAGACAUUUUCCCAGAGUGGUAGCAGAAACGUGCAUAUGAGGAAACAUCACUCCCGAAUUGGAACAUCUGGCAGCAGAGAGCGAGAACAGCCAGAGUCACUGAUGGGCAGCAGUUUGCUGGAAGAAUCUACAGUGCAUAGUAAGAAUCUCAUCUCCAUGAACUCUCAGCCCAGCCUUGGUGUCGAGUCCCUGCACCUGCCAGACACCGAGUCCAUCAUCGGAGUAGAGGAGGGUGAGACCAGCUGCUCCUUUUUCCGCCCUCUGAUCUGCGGUGACUGAAGGGGGAUCCAUCGUUUCUCCUAGAGGCUCACCAUGUUGCAGUGGGAUGAGUGAACAUUGCUUUAACUGUGCACAGAGCAGGUGGGUAGAUGGAGAAUGGGGCCAACUGGAGUUGGAGAAGACCUACUGGACCAAGUUUCUCUCUUGCAGAGCUUAAAAGGUGAAGUCUGCUGCUUAGGUGUCAUUUAGCCCAUGUCGUGGAAUGCCAUUUCAAAACUGUUUAUACAGCCCAUUCUCCUAAAGCCUAAAGCACUUGUUUUGCUGGAGCACCCGGGGGCCCCAGCUGAGGAGCAGGACCUCAUGGUGCUAGGCACUGUACAAACAUUCGGCAUCUCAAGCAACAGGCCCUCCUCCACCCUUUACCUUCAGAGACUAUAUUCUAAUACAUCUCACUGUCAGAAGCUGACUUACUAUCUGAAAUAAAUGUACAACUUGAUAUCAUUUAA